AUGGCGGCGAAAGGGCCAGUGAUGGUCACUCUUAGAUUCACAAGCAUCAUAGUUUGUGCUGUCUUACUGGGCCAAGGAUCCUCCCAGGAAACAGGAGGGGGUAAAAAGGAACAGAGAGAAGCCAUUCUGAAGGAACUCUUUUCAAAAUGGAGUGAAGGAGGUGGUAGGAAUCCUCAGAAAGCUCCUCCAGAAACAAACAAGGACCAGUCCAUGCACCCUUGGGUGAGGAAUAUCAUGGGGAGUCUAAAAUCACUUCUUCCCACCAAGACCCUGCCUUUACUGAACAAGCCAAUUGACAGACACAGACUCUCUGGUUUUCUCUACAACAUCUCUCAGUACCUCCAGGAGAUGGGUGCUGAGCUGGAGGAGGCACCGGCGGAGCCAGAUGAGGAGCAGCUGUGGGAGAAGGUGCUGCAUUACUUUCUCCAGUCUGAAGGGAAUGCUGCACAGAACCAGUGGAAUGGCCGGGUACCCCCCCGACCCAGCGUCAAAGUGCAGGACUGGUUCUUGUCCCUCAGGGGCAGCCCCCACUGGGACUGGCUCCUGGGGCUGCUGCAGAGUCUCAUCAGUCUCUCAGAGCGACAGCCCCACAGGCCUCUCUUGACUUUCUUAUCUCAGAACUGGAGAACAGUGAGCGCUGUGCUGGAAGCUGCACUUCAAGCUAUGGUCAGUGGGACGUAUGGUCAGGCCAGUGCAGGCCUGCAGGGCUUCAUUUGUGCCCUGAAGGGCCGAGGUGACUGUGCCUUCAGUGUUAGCUGGCUUCAGCAGCUGCUGCGUUUCUUAGAAACACGCAACUGGAAGCCUGUGGUCAGUCUGCACCCAGCAGGAGAAGGUGAACGCUCAAGUGCGUUUGGACGUUUGAAGCCUUUCAGCCUGCCUCCUGAGGCCAUGAGGCAGGAUGGGCUGUCUGGGAACAUAUCUAUGGAAGACAAGAUGGCCAUGGAGGAAGAUCCAGACUCCAUGCAGAAUUUACUGCUGCAGGCGUUAUCCCGUUCAGGUGGAGGAGAGCGAGGAGGUCACCUGGCACAGAGGAAUGUUGCUCUUGUGCAGGGCUUGGACGGGCUGAGGAGCGGCCUCCUGCACAGGGUGGGUAGCUCUGUAUAUGGUAACCUGAGGAAGAAAGUGUCACGAGUUACCAUGGCACUGCUUGAUGAUGUCAGCGGCUCGGUGGACGUGCCACAGCCCAACGCCCAGGGUCGCUGCUCGGUUGGUGACCUGAGGCAGCUGAUCUUAUGGGGGAUAAGACAUAAUGUGACGUGGAACACCCAGGCGUUAGGAGUUAGUUCCCAGGGUCUCCCAAGCUCAAUCCCAUUCCUGACGUGCCCCUCCGCUGAAGGCCAACUAACACCAGCCCACUCAUCAUCUCAAAUGGCCCCUUCUUCACGAACAAUCUCCAAACGAAACCACCUUCAUGAACUCUCCACUGCGCCUCACCAAGCGAGUGAGAAAGGUGACCAGCUGAAAGAGACGGAGCACUCCCCCUCAACAGAAAUCCUGGAGGCAGCGUGCAAUGAAUCCAUCCCGGGCUUGAGCGGUGUCUCCAACUUCACUGUGUUCCUCUACUGUAAACUGUUUGAGGCGGAGAACGGCUCAGUUGACCCUGCAGUGGCUCCGAUGGAACUCGACCUGCACGCCACGUGCUCUGAUGCAGCCUGGUACCUGUCUGCUGCUGAAGAGGACUUCCUGUGGGUCCACAUCUGCAGUGAGUUCUUUGCCCAUGAAUUCAACAACACUGUGUGUGCCAACUCCUCAUUCUGGCUGCAGAGAGCACAUCAGGCUGCUAUGACAAAGGACUACCAUUUUUUUAACCAAACCAUCAUAGACGACCUGUGUGUUCAGCUGUCAGAGGAAACAACAGAAAGUCCAGGAGUGGAUGAGAGCUGCCUGGCUCAGCUGGGCAGCAGGUCGCUAAGCGCCCAGGCUUUCAGACACUGCUUCCUGCCGAACAACUCCGCCAUGAUCUCAGCUUUGUGCGGUGGAGAGUCUCCUGACUCACACCGAUCCUUGCCAGAGGCCAGCUGGGCCGCAACAUACUGCUCCAAAAUACACAACUUCUCCCAUGCUGACACCUCUGAGGAGACCUGUCAAUACAGAGAAUGGGCUGUGCAUCGCUUCACCAACACAACCCUGCUGGAGCUGUGCGAGCAGACACCUGGGCUGAGAGAGUACAUGUGUCUGAACACCUCCCUGUACAAUCAGCUGCUACAAUCACUGCCUCAGUUUGCUGAUUUCUGUGCUGAUCUGCAGGCAGAGCUCGAGGGCAGGAAGUGCUUCCUGCAGAGAUUCUUUGACAUGCUCCCAGCGCCAUAUCAAUUUGACACAGCCCAGCUGUGUACGGACCCCGCCCCGAUGCUGGUGGACGUUCUUCACAAGCUGAGUGUGUGCGAGGUCGAGGGAGGUGAGCGUGAAGGGUUCUUAGUGGUGCUGGGGUAUGUGUUGCGAGUGUUGGACUUCAUGGUGGGCCUCUCCUCGGGGCUUGAUGAGGGGGAAACAGAGGCAAGACAAGGUUUGGGUCAGGCCAUCCUCCUCUCCAGUCUCCUUGACAACGCAUCCUGGGCCGGUCUGCAGCCAGAAGCCUCCACGAGUGUCCUGAACACUGUGGGGGUCUUCCUGCGCAGGGAGCAGAACACCACCCUGAAAGAGGACCUGCUGAGCUGCUUCAGUCCUGUUCUGUGGGACCUCAUCCAGCGGGACGACAACUCAUCUGCUCUCAGGGCUCUGCUGCAGGAGUACCUGCAGAUGCCAAGAGACAGCAUCCGCACUCUUGUGAUGUCUGCUGAAAAAGACGCAGUGAAGAGAUUUCUCUCCCAUAUGCACCAAAGUUGGAACCAGCUACAAGUUGAAACCAGCCAGGCCUCUCAAAAAGAGCAGCAAGCCAUGGAAACAAUGACUGCGGCUUUCAUCCAUAAGUUCCCCCGAGUGACCCCGGAGCUGUUUGUGGACCUGUCUCAGUUCAUACCCUUCAUGUCUGUCUCUGACAUUAUGAGCUUCCCCGCCUCCCUGAUAAUCAACGACAGCGUAUUGACGGCCAUCCGUGACCACAGCUCAGGGAUGAAGUCACUGCAGAAAAAGGCCUUUGUGAAACGCCUCCUGCAGUCGAGUGCAGUGGGGGAUGUCCCCACGUGGCCACCGUACUUUAUCAGUUCCAUCCUCCCACUCCUGCCUUACCUCCCAAUCAGCCAUUUUCAGCAACUGACUUCUCAACAGCUUGCUCCACUUGUAGAGUUGCUAGGCAAUGGCAGUCUGGAUGGUGUGAGGGGGCGCCAUGUGCUCCGCAGCCUCUUCAGCAGGAAGAAGAAUCUGACUGGUGACAACAUACUGAGGUUGGGAGUCCUCGCAUGUUACCUGGAUCCGGCAGAACUGGGUUUGUAUGUUCAGGACUCGGCUGUGUCCUCUGCUCUGUGGCAGCAGCUGGCUCAGUGUAUGUCGAAGGGGAUGAUCAGUACCAACGGGAGGUUGUCCUCGUGGCUCAUUCCAGCGCUUCAGUCCCUGAACAUCAGCAGCAUGGCUCCUUCAGAGCUGUCUGCUAUCAGUGGUCUGCUGCCCCAAUUAGGAGCUUCCUUCCUGCUGUCACUCCCCUCACAACAGCUCCUGGAAGUCCUCUCACAACCAGGAUUACACAGAUAUUCCCCAGCACAGGCAUUUCUCACGUUAUCCAAGAUCUCAAAAAACACCAACCUCACAGUGGAAGAACUAUGCAGACUGAAGCCGUUGCACUCUGGUCUCUCCCCUGCUGUGCUCAGAGAUCUCCAGUGGCCUGAGAUCAGUCAAACUGCCCACUGUCAGUGCUGGAGAACCAUGCUAACUGAGCUUAAGCCUGGCCAUAGAGCCAUGCUGUACAAUGCAAUGCAGGAGGCUUUAGACAGUGACCUGCAGAACCUCACACAGCAGGUCAGCUGUCUUUUAUCAUUUGUACCUCUGAGGAAGCUGAUAGAGGCCACCGAUGGAGAAACAAUCCUGAGACACAUUAGCCUGUACAGGGACAUACACUGGUCGCCACAGCAGGCUCAGUCCCUGUUUACAAAAUUAUCAGAAUUUAAAAACAUCACCAGCAAGUCAGUGAGGGCUCUGGGUCAAGUCGCCGGUGGGAUGAGCUGUGAUUUUUUGAGGCUUUGGACCAAUGAUACAGAUUUUGCAGAGUUGCUUCAGUUUGUUAGUGAGCUGCCUGGUGGCUUGAGACCUGCUCUGCGGAAAUGUAUCGUUGAGGAAAUGAGGAAACAGCCUGAACUUGACCUCACACUUUUCAACCCUGGGUUUGCUUCAACAUUACCAGUGACGAUGAUAGAGAACCUCUCUAAUGCCUCCUUCAAAGCCGUUCUGGACCACAUCCAUGCAAACUUUGCUGAUUUCCUCAGAAUGCCACAUUACAAGCAGACGUGUUUAGCUGAGAAGGCAAAAAUUGAGCUGGGCUCCUCUCAGGCUGAGGAGGAGAUUGAUGGCACCACUCUGGACGUCCUGGGGCCUUUACUACCUUUCUUGGACCGGGACAGUCUGGCUGUGGUGGACAGACGAGCUCUGGCUCUGCGGCUGGAGGAGAUGAGAAGUUUCUGCUUACCUAAAGAGGCUCAGACAGAUAUCAGUGCCCUGCUCACCCAGAAAGAAUUGCUCGGGGAUCCUUCUAAAUGGCAAGUUGGGGAUGUGGAACAUUUGGGCAGGCUGGUGUUUUCUCUCUCAACAAAGCAGAUUAACGCCAUCCCACUGGCAGUGUUGAGUAAAGACGCAGUGGAACAGGUCCUGGUGGCUCAGAGGCGCUUGGACAACAGUGUGGUGGGUGAAGUCUGUGUUACUCAGUGCACGGACCAGCAUCGGCAGAGACAACAGACUCAGAGUCUCAUCCGAGGCAUCGUCAGAGCACGGAGCAGGAGGGCAAAAGUUCCAGUUCCAAGCUGUGCAGAUAUCAGAGGAACGUUUCCCUCAGCCUGGACACCUCUUCAGCUCAGUCGUAUGUCGCAGGAGGAGCUGACACAGUGCGUAGAGGUUGUCGGUCAGGACGCGGAGCUGAGCUCUGAGCAGCGCCGGUCACUGUGGAUGAAACUCAGGCAGUCCUUCAGCCCGGUGAGAGAGCUGCGGGCAGAUCAGGUGCUGGCUCUGGGCUCGGUGCUGACUGAGCUGGGAGAGAGAGAGCUGCAGGACAUAGACCUCACCGACCCGGGGGUGUUGGCACACCUGGGGACACUGACAGACUGGAGCCCAAAGAAGAUGAGAGCCGUGGUUUCCGGCGUGAUGCGGAGACGCAAAGUGAAAGCGGAGCAGUUAACAGAUGUCGAUCUGGCAACAUUUGGGCAUCUGAUCUGUGGUCUGUAUCCGUCUGAGAUCAAGAGACUGAACCCGUACAACCUCAGUGUGGCCGCCGUGUUCUUGCGGGAGAUGUCCCUGCCGUGCACAGAACAGCAGAUGGAAGCGUUGAUGAGUCGUUUGUCCAGACCUGAGGCCUUUGGACCCGUCAGUGCUUGGGGCCCCGAAGUUUUCACAGAAAUUGGAACAUUGGCAGUGGGCCUGGAGGACAUGAUGCUGUCAGCCCUGGUUCAAGAACAAAUGGGGGGGAUCACCCCUGAAGCCAUCGCCCUGAUAUCACCAAACAAGAUGGCCGUGGUGUUCAGUGCUGUUCAGUUGUCGUGGCUGAGUGAGGAGCAGGCAUGGGCCGUCACCCAGGAGCAGUGGACGGAGCUGGACGCUGAGCAGAGACACGCGGUGGGACUGGCUCGAUAUGAAGGAGACCCACUGCUGGAGCUGAGAGGGAGAAACUCGGCUCCAGCAGCUCCGAACACACACAGCCUCGCUUUCCGCUCACUGGCUCUGUGCCUCUCAUUGUGGAAACUCGUUUAA